ACACACAGAGAGACACAGACAGAGAGAGAGAAAGAGGGGAAGAGAGAGAAUAAACGUUGCCCCCCGGACAAAAGCUCAAAUUUCUCCACACACACUAAACACGAACACAGAGAGAGAGAGAGAGAGAGAGAGAGAGAGAGAGAGAGAGAAGGAAGCAACAUAGGGCUUCGUUCCCCCCCAAAACCCAAUCCCUAAUUGGAUCUCAACAAAACAAAACAAAACAAAGAAACAAACCAAUCACUCUUUCUUUUCUCUUUCCUUCUCCAAUCCCAUCCAUGGGAAUGCUGCUGCUUCUUCCCGGACAACCAUGACCUACGCCGCCGGCCACCACCAUAACGACACCGCCGACCUCUUCUACGAGUCCCUUGACAGGUUACUAUCUUCCUCCGAAUGCUCUACCUCCACCACCUCCGACACCGAGCAAGAACCGCCGCAACACCACCACCACAAGCCCGACGACGGAAUUUACAAUUAUGCCCUCGCACUUAACAACAACUACGACCUCUGGAUCUCUCAUCCUUCCUCCGUCUCCGAGCGCCGUUCCUCCCUCCUCCGCCACCUCGGUCUCGCCGCUCCCUCGCCGCCGCGCGAUAAUGGGGACUCUUCCCGCUCCCCGUCGUCGGAUCAGUUGACUGGACUGCGUCAGGGCUCCGCCGGAGGGAUGCCCCGAUCGAGCUCUGACGGUGCCGCGGAUCCUCAGAAUUCCGUUGGUGAUGGUAUUGAUGAUGAUGAUGAAAAGCCUUGUGGUUCUUGUUCGCUUUCUCGUUCUUCUUGUCGUUGUUGUCGUUCUUGUUCGUCUUCUUCUUCCAUUCUUUCUAUUCGUUCGGCCGUACCGGAGGCCGGAAAAUCUGUAAAUAGCCGGAAUCGUCGCGGAGGCAGUGUUGGUGGUGGCGGUGGAAAUGGCGGGUCCCCCUGGAAGCCUCCUUCGGGGAGGAAUGGAAAAAGCGUGGAUUUUGCAGAAUUUGUGGUGAAAGAGUUUAGAGAAGAUGGCAUGUGGAACAAGUUCAGGGAGGUCGGCACUGGCCGGCAACUGACAAUGGAGGAGUUCGAAAUGACGGUCGGUCACUCGCCGAUUGUCCAAGAGCUCAUGAGGAGGCAGAAUGUGGAGGAAAGCCAUGGAAAGGACAAUGUGGAUUCAAUUGGCAAUGAAGGUGGCAAGGGAAACAAUGGUUCCAAGUUGAAGAAGAGAGGGAACUGGUUGAGGGCCUUAAAAUCCGCGAUGGGGACACAUAAGGAGCGGCGAAGCAGCGACGAGAGGGACACAUCUUCGGAGAAGGGGGGGAGGAGGUCAAGCUCCGCCACGGAUGACAGCCAGGAUAAUGCCUCAUUCCAUGGACCUGAGAGAGUUAAGGUUAGGCAGUAUGGGAAGCCAUGUAAGGAGGUCACAGCUCUUUACAAGAGCCAGGAGAUUCAGGCUCAUAAUGGAUCUAUAUGGAGUAUUAAGUUUAGCUUAGAUGGGAAAUAUUUAGCAAGUGCCGGCGAGGAUUGUGUGAUCCAUGUGUGGCAGGUUGUGGAGUCUGAGAGGAAGGGGGAGCUGCUGAUGGAAAAACAUGAGGAUGGGAAUAUGAACAUGUUGUUUGUUGUCAAUGGAUCUUCGCUGGAGCCGAAUCUGCUGUCCCCUCUCAUGGACAAGUCACCUCUCUUGGACAAUCAUCAUCCAGAGAGGAAGAGGAAGGGGAGGACAUCCAUUACCCGGAAAUCGUUGAGCUUGGAUCAAUUAGUUAUCCCGGAUACCGUGUUUGCGCUCACCGAGAAACCCAUUUGCUCCUUUCAGGGACAUCUUCAUGAUGUGCUUGACCUCUCUUGGUCCAAAUCUCAGCACUUGCUCUCAUCUUCAAUGGACAAAACGGUGCGGUUGUGGCAUUUGUCUAGCAACUCUUGUUUGAAAGUUUUUUCACACAGUGACUUUGUAACUUGCAUCCAGUUUAAUCCUGUUGAUGAUAAUUACUUCAUUAGCGGAUCCUUGGAUGCUAAGGUUCGCAUAUGGAGCAUUCCUGAUAGGCAGGUUGUUGAUUGGACUGAUAUGCAUGAGAUGGUUACUGCUGCUUGUUAUACACCCGAUGGUCAGAGUGCACUGGUUGGUUCUUACAAGGGCAGUUGCCACUUAUAUAACACAUCAGAAAAUAAGUUGCAACAAAAAAGUCAGAUCAAUCUGCAGAACAAGAAGAAGAAAUCACAUCUCAAAAAAAUUACAGGUUUCCAGUUUGCCCCAGGAAGUUCAUCAGAGGUACUUAUCACAUCUGCUGAUUCACGAAUUCGAGUUGUUGAUGGUGUUGAUCUGGUUCACAAGUUUAAAGGGUUCCGUAAUUCGUCAAGCCAAAUUUCAGCCUCUCUGACAGCCAACGGUAAAUAUAUUGUCUCCGCGAGUGAGGAUUCCCACGUGUACAUAUGGAAAAAUGAAGCGGAUUGUAGGCCUAACAGAAGCAAAGGUGUAACUAUCACAGGCGCAUACGAACAUUUCCACUGUAAAGAUGUUUCAGUGGCCAUUCCAUGGCCGGGUAUGGGCGAUGCCUGGGACAUGCACGAUACACUUUCUGGAGAUCAAACUGAGAUUGAUAACAAUGUGGAUGAGGCCUUGUCCGCCAAUCAUCCUCCAACCCCCGUUGAGGAAAACUUUGGGUCCGAGGGUUCACGAUCCACAUCGGUUUACAGCAAUAGUCCACGCCAGGCAACCAUUGCAGGUGCCACAAACAGCUACUUUUUCGAUAGAAUUUCUGCAACAUGGCCGGAGGAAAAACUUGUCGUGGCAGCCACAAAGAAUCGAAGCCCUCGUAUCAGCGGGGAUUACUCAAACACAGGAAGUCAAAACAUGUCAGCCUGGGGUAUGGUGAUUGUAACUGCCGGCCUUCGAGGCGAAAUUAGAACUUUCCAAAAUUUUGGAUUGCCACUUCGGAUAUAAGAGGUGAUAAGAAUGCAUGCUUUUAUCAUUUUAUGGGCAUGGUGGAGUUGAGUUGAUGAAAUCAGCUCUUGAAGGGAAAACCUGUACAGAGAAAUGGGUGAUAUUUGUAAUAUUAACGGGUUGGGGAGGUUCCAAUUCUUUCCUUGUUCAUUGUGCUAAUAGGGUUGUUAUUCCAACCACGCACAGAGGGGAAAAGGGUUGAAAAUUUGUCAAAGAAAAAAAGAAUUAAAAAAAAAAGAGAAAAAAAAAAGAAGGUACACCAGGAAUUUAGAAACCGAUGGAUUUGUUUAUGUAAUCGGGAAUUGUAGAGUAACGCCAGCAUGGUUAAAGCUUAUUGAAAUUAGAAAUGAUGAUUCUUUCACAAUUCACACAA